AAUGAGAAGACGCGACUGGAGUUCCGGUACAUCGACUUAAGGCACCCGAAGAUGCAGUCGAUUCUGCGGCUGAGGUCUCACGUGAUGAACACAAUGAGACAAUUCUUGACACAACAGUACGGCUUCGUUGAGGUCGAGACGCCCACACUGUUUAAGGCGACGCCCGGCGGCGCCAAAGAGUUUGUGGUUCCGACAGAAUUCAAGGACUGUUACUAUAAUUUAGUCCAAAGUCCGCAACAGUUUAAACAGCUAUUAAUGGUGGGCGGCAUUGAUAGGUACUUCCAAAUCGCCCGGUGCUAUAGGAAUGAGGGCACAAAACCCGACCGACAGCCAGAGUUCACACAAUUAGACUUAGAGAUGUCUUUCACGUCUUCCGAUGGCAUCAUGUCUCUGAUCGAAGAGUUGAUUCAUUCGAUAGGUUUCGUUGAAAACUAUGAACCCUUCCCACGGAUGGCAUACGCCGACGCUAUGCAACACUACGGCACCGAUAAACCAGACCUCAGGUCUGAUAUUAAGAUAAGAGCUGUGGAUACGUACGAAAUGAAUGCUCCCAUUGAUAAGGACGUGUGUCUAACACUAGUUAUCAAUGACUUGGAUAAAGACAUAAACGAUGAGAUUCUUCGUUAUAUGGACUCAAUCGGUGACAUCAAACGAGAGCUACAAUUCAGUGGACAACUGACUCAUGAGUUGGCCGAAGACUCGAAUCAACUCAACUUUGAUGGCGUCAGCGAAGCGGCCAAACAGUGUGUUGUCGGCCAAUGCCAGCCCUCAACGGGCGCUCACAUAUGGGUCGUCGAGGGGUCCAAACGAGACGCUUACCGAAUUAUGGGUCGAAUUCGUGCCGAUUGUGUGAAACUCAUGCAAAAGUACAGCACUUCCGGCGCCGAUAGGAAGUUGUCUUUCGUAUGGAUUACAGACUUUCCUCUGUUUACGCCUAAAGAGGAGUCCGCCGGCUAUGAGUCGACACACCAUCCCUUUACGGCGCCCCGACCUCAGGACAGUCAACUGCUACGCACAGAUCCCGGCGCUGUGUUGGGCCAACACUUUGAUCUCGUGCUAAACGGCCAGGAAGUGGGCGGCGGUUCCAUACGUAUACACGACCACCAAAUGCAAGCCUAUGUACUGCGGGAAGUGCUCAAAGAGGACAUACAGUCGAUGCGAUACUUUUUGGACGCACUGCGAAGCGGUUGUCCACCCCAUGGGGGCAUUGCUCUGGGUUUGGAUCGACUACUGGCCACUGUGUUGGGCACCGACUCUAUUCGCGAUGUCAUAGCCUUCCCGAAGUCGGCGCACGGCAGGGACCUAAUGGCCGGCUCUCCCACUGCCAUACCUCCCGUAAGUCAUUACCAGAGACUCAUAGAGAGCGGUAUUCUUGAGGUGUUUGUCGGCAUUGAGUACGAGUCCAACGAAUCACUCAAAGCAUACCAUACGCUAAACCACUACCAUUCAAACCUCCUGUUCCUCUCACGGAAUCUACUCAUAGAGUGGCACAGCUCCAAAUACACCUCAAUAGCCGUUUUGGUGGUCCUAUUGGUGGUUAUCUGGUUGGGCGACAACACCGGUGUCCACUGCGGCUGCAAAAGGGACGCCGACUGCUCGGGGGACAGCGUACUGCUGUAUGCGAAUGACUCCCACUGGGGGGCCAUUCGGACACCCAUUGCGGGUCAAGUGAAAAGUACUGCAGCCAAACCGGGGGUCAAAUUACUUUGUAUGUGA